AUGCAGAGAGAGAGAGCUCUAAAAGAAAAGAAUCCACCGAGCUGUGGUGGUAGUAUGGAGGUCGUACGAGAAAACUACACGGAGAUGAAAGAAAAAGCAGGUAUGGGAAAAGCCUACUGCUUCAUAAGGAACGAGCAUCGAUCUCAAGCAAAGUAUACUGUACUACCACCAGAAAAUUGGCCAUCCACUGAAUAUAACAACAGUGCAAGUCCGCCAAGGGAACGUCUGCUAGUUGAACUACAUACUCACUUCGAUGGCGCUCUCCGUGCAGAAACAGUUGUAGAUCUAGCCAGAACCAAAGGUAUCGAAUUGCCUGUCGAUAAUGCUGAACAAUUGAAGGAAUAUGUAUCCUGUGCCAAUAAAGAAGUAAAGUCUUUAACAGUAUUUUUAGAGGCAUUUGGUAUAUUCAAUUCGGUUAUCAGAGGUGAUCGGGAUGCCCUACGACGCUGUGCUCUUGAAUUCUGCGAAGAUCAAGCAAAUUAUGGUGUUUUGUACUCUGAGGUACGCUAUUGCCCUCAGUUUAUGUGUGGUCAAAAACCAAACGUGGAAGGAGAUUCAGAGCAAUACUCAUUAACAAGUGAUGAAGUAGUUCAGAUUUUAUUAGAUGCUUUUGCCGAAGGAUCCCAACGCUACGGUAUUAAAGUUAGGAGUAUUCUCUGUCUCGUUCGACCGUUUCCAGAGUGGGCAGCAGAAACGGUUGCUCUUUGUAAAAAAUAUUAUGGUAAGGGUGUUGUUGGGAUUGAUGUUGCUGGAGAUGAAACGCUUUACCCGAUUGUGGCUAAUGAUGAAUUUGUCAAAGCAUUUCAAGAAGCCAAGAAAUUCGGUAUUCACAGAACUGCACAUGCUGGGGAAGCGGGACCAGCUCAGAACAUACGAGAGUCCUUGGAUUGGUUAAGUGCUGAGAGAAUAGGCCAUGGUUAUCACUUGGUACAAGAUGAAGAACUGUAUAAUGUGAUCAAAAAGGAGAAAAUUCAUCUUGAGCUGUGUCCUACUUCAAGCAUCCUUACCGGAUCUGUGCCAAGUUUUAAGAAUCAUCCAGGGAAACGGUUUAUUAAUGAUGGAUUCAAUUUCUCUAUAAAUUCCGACGACUCUUUAUGUAUUAAUUCAACAGUUGCUGACGAGUAUAACUUAGUUUAUAAUGAAUGGGGCUACGACUUCCCUGUACUAACAAGAGCGGCGUUCAAUGCAGCCCGCUCAUCGUUCCUACCAGAGGAAGAGAAGAGGCAAUUAAUUGAAGACUUAGAGACAGUAUACGGAAUGCGAUAG